AUGAAUUCACUAAGAAACAAUGGUAACUCUGAACAUGAUCAGGGUGAUCAUGAAGAGCUACUUGCAGCUCAAGCGCACAUAUGGAAUCACACAUUCAAUUUCAUAAACUCAAUGUCCCUAAAAUGUGCACUUCAGUUAGGAAUUCCAGACAUCAUUCACAAACAUGGUGAUAAUCACCCCAUGUCCCUUCAUCAAUUGGUCAAUGCUCUUCCCAUAAACCAUGAAAAAUCCCAAUUCAUCCCCCGCCUAAUGCAAAUUCUCACGCAUUCGGUCUUCUUUCGUAAAGAAAACAUCUUUGGAGAAGAUGGCUAUUUGCUUACUCCAUCGUCUAAACUCCUUUUAAGAGACAACCCUUUAAGCGCGACGCCAUUUGUGAUGGCAAUGCUCGAUCCACUCUUGAUGGAUCCAUGGCAUCAUCUGAGCCAAUGGUUUCAAAAUAGUGGUGAUGUUAGCGUAACGCCAUUUUCCACGUGUCACGGAGAAGGUUUAUGGGAGCUCGCGGGUGUUGAACCGAGGUUGAACCGGUUAUUCAAUGAGGCGAUGACCACCGAUUGUCGGUUGGUUAGUAAACUGGUGAUAAAAAAUUGUGGAGAUAUUUUCUUUGGAAUGAAUUCAAUGGUGGAUGUUGGUGGCGGAACCGGAAACAUGGCCAAGGCCUUGGCUGAUGCUUUUCCGAACUUGAAGUGUACUGUGUUGGAUCUUCCUCAUGUGGUUAAUGGCUUGAAGAAUUGUGGUACUGAGAAUUUGGUCUUUGUUGGAGGAGACAUGUUUGAUGCCAUUCCUCCUGCUGAUGCAGUUUUGUUGAAGUGGAUAUUGCAUGAGUAUCAUGAAGAAUGCGUACAAAUACUCAAGAAAUGCAGAGAGGCAAUCCCAAACAAGAACAACGGAGGGAAGGUGAUCAUUUUUUAUAUGGUGAUGAAGGAAGAAGAGAAGCAUAAAGGAAACAAAAAUGGUACUGAUCAUGAGGGAUUGGAAACUCAACUAUUCUUUGAUAUGUUGAUGAUGGUUGUAGUCGGUGGAAAAGAAAGAAACGAGAAAGAGUGGGCAAAUAUCUUUCAUGAAGCUGGCUUCAAUUCCUAUACAAUUACUCCCCUACUCAGCUUGAGAUCUAUGAUCGAGGUUUAUUAA